AUGUCACACAAAGAUCAUCUUAGUUUGAAUAUUACUGAUAUUCUUGUCGUAAAAGCUCAAGGUGCAGCAGCAGCGGUGUUUCAACUUAUUGACGAGGAAAAUGAAGCAAGCAUCAAUGAAACAGAUAUAUGGAAAGAGGAUACAAAGUCGAUUUGUAACAUCAACGGUGAUAUUGAAUUUGACAAUGUUAACUUUAAUUAUCCAUCUCGAAAAGAAGCAUCAGUUCUGCAUAACCUCUCUCUUAUUGCACGUGCUGGUCAGAUAACUGCCCUGGUAGGUUCUAGUGGUUGUGGAAAAAGUACAUGUAUAUCACUGCUUCUUCGUUACUAUGAACCUCAGUUGGGUCAAAUAAUGAUCGAUGGUCGACCAAUCACAGAUUACAAUGUCAAACAACUUCGACAAAACAUUGGAGUUGUUAGUCAAGAACCUAUUCUGUUUGGUAUGAGUAUUUAUGAAAAUAUUCGUUUUGGUAAAGUAAAUGCAACACAAGCAGAAAUUGAACAAGCAGCACAAGAAGCAAAUGCACAUAAUUUCAUCAUGCAAUUACCAGAUAAAUAUGAAACACUAGUUGGUGAACGUGGUAUACAGUUGAGUGGUGGUGAAAAACAACGUAUUGCAUUAGCUCGUGCUCUUGUCAAGCAACCUAGUUUCCUUUUACUGGAUGAAGCAACAAGUGCACUUGAUAAUGUUAACGAAAAAAUUGUUCAAGAAACACUUGAUAGGGCAUGCAAAGGUCGUACAACUAUUGUUAUUGCUCAUCGUUUGGCCACAAUUCGAAAUGCUCAUCAAAUAUAUGUAUUAGAUGAUGGAAGUGUGAUUGAGCAAGGUACGCAUGAAAUAUUAAUGGCAAAAAAAGGAGGAAAAUAUCAAGCAAUGGUUAAGCAUCAACAAAUGGAAAAAAUCGAUGAUAACAUAGAUGAUAUGAUGAGCAUGCAAAAAGCACAAGAAGAAGAUGAAAAGUGGAUAUUUGAACGCUCUCGUUUACUUAGCGAUAGUGGAAUUGUUGAUGUGAACAAGGCAUUCAAAUAUUGUUCAACCUCUGAACGACGUCGUCAGGUGUUGACUACCAGUCUUCUCUUUUUACUUUUGGGUGUUGUUUUUUUGAUUCUUCGGAUCUUUCAGUAUACAGCUUUUGCUAUAUCAGGAUCGAAAUUGACGCAACGCAUUCGUUCGAAAGCUUUUGAAUGUCUACUUCGUCAAGAAGUUGCUUAUUUCGAUAGACCUGAAAAUAGUUCUGGUGCAAUUUGUGUUCGCCUUUCCUCUGAUGCGUCUAAGCGUAUCGCUGCAUCAGUUUCAGCUGCUAAAACAUUUUUUGAUUUAUUUGAUCGAAACCCAGCUAUCGAUAAUACAUCUAUUGAAGGCCAAGAAUUGGUUGAUUUUCAUGGAGAGAUAAAAUUUGAUCAAGUCAAAUUUAUCUAUCCAACUCGACCAACAUCUAUUGUUCUUAACAAAUUUCAAUUGAAUAUCAAGCCAAGUCAACGUGUAGCUCUUGUUGGGGCAUCCGGAUGUGGAAAAUCAACAAUUAUUCAGCUGUUGGAACGAUUUUAUGAUGUUACAAGUGGUCAACUACUUCUUGAUGGCAUUGAUAUUCGAAAACUAAACAUUCAUUGGAUCCGUUCUCAUUUUGGCCUUGUGAGUCAAGAACCAAUUUUGUUCGAUUUAACAAUUGCUGAAAAUAUAGCAUAUGGCUUAGAAAAUGUUCCAAUGGAAGAUAUUAUCAAUGCAGCACGUAAAGCUAAUAUUCAUCAAUUUAUUCAGAAAUUGCCUCAAGGUUAUGAAACAAAAGUAGGGUGGAAAGGCAGUUUUCUGUCAGGUGGUGAGAAGCAACGUAUUGCUAUUGCUCGUACUCUUCUUCGUCAACCUAAAGUAUUGCUCCUAGAUGAAGCUACAAGCGCUAUGGAUUCACACAACGAACAAAUUGUACAAGAGGCUCUUGAAAAAGCUCAAAGAGAAGAUCCUAGUCGAACGUCACUCAUUAUUGCUCAUCGUCUUUCAACUAUUUGUUCAUGCGAUUUGAUCUGUGUACUUGAUAGAGGACAUAUAGUGGAGAGUGGUACUCAUAAAGAAUUGAUAGAACGACGUGGAGCUUAUUAUAAAAUGCUGGCUAAAAAUAAUUUACAAUGA